AUGGCUGUCUCUGAAAAUAUCCCCCCGCCACUUCCGCCUCGACCGAUCACAAUUUCACCCAAACAAUUCCAAACGGAGUACUCCAUCGACACCGACACCGACACCAAAACCCCCCUCCUAAUCCCCAACCAAAUCCUCACCACCUACCCCCGCCCCUCCACCAUCCUCCCCAAACCCAUCGUCAUCCCCCAAACCGCACACACCUACCACGGCACCAUCCACCGGCCCUUCACGCGCGCCACCUCCCCCAUCCUCUCCACCCUUCCCACCCCCCUCACCACCCCCGACUUCCUCACCUUCCUCGACACCCUCAACACCGUCUGGCUCGCAAACCCCUACCUCCAAGCCGCCGGGCAAGCCGGAAACCUCCUCUCCUUUGUCCCCACCAUUGAAUUUCAGCUCCUCGCGCUGGGGAUCCAGACUGCGGCCGAGUAUGGCUCGUUUAUGGUGUCGUGGGUGCGGACGAGGCAGUUUUUGAGGGUCGCGAAUGAGAGGUUGUUUGGGCCGAGGGGGUUGAGGGUGAGGGUGCUCAGGACGAGGGAGAUGUUGGGGGUGGUGGGGGUUGAGGGGAGGGGAGUGUUGGAGUUACCGGCUGUUUUGGAGGAUGAGGAGGGGGAUGAGGUUUGGGAGGGGGGCGAGGGGGAGAAAGUGGAGGCCAAGGAAAGAGGGACUGGAGGGAAGUUUGACCCGCGGAUGAGACGGAUGGAGGCGUUGAAGGAGUAUGUGGCGCCGUUGGUAUUGAAGGAAAGGAAGGGCCCCGUGGACGGGGAUAACUGGUUGCGCAGGGCGGCGAGCAUGCAGGAGAAGUGGUUUGCCGACAGGCAGAAUAAUCGGUUAAUUGACAGGCAUGGAAAGGCGGUUCGGGGGAUUGGGGAGGCGGAGGCUGCAGAGCAGGAGUUGUUGGGGAAGAUGGAGGAGGUGGAGUGGGCGAGGGAGGAGGCCAGAGGGAGGGCCAAAGAGCGCAUGCAGGGCCCGUUGGGAGAGUCGUUGCAGGGUCGGGGCAUCGUGCAGGAUGAUUUGGCGCAGGAGUUGAAGACGUUGGACCGGCAGAUGGAGAAAUUGGUCAAGGAGCGCGAGAAGAAAGUGACCAAGCGGAUUCAGCAGAGUGAGAGAAGGCUACAGCGGGUCGAGAAGAGGGAAGCCCGGAUUGCCCGAAAGGUCCGGUGGGUGGUGAUUACGGGAGAUGAUGGGACUCAAUUUGAUAAUCUCUACGAGGAUGAUUGA